CACAAAGCGUUUUCAACUUAUUCUUGUUUGCAGGAAAACGUUUUCCCACGUUUUAAUUUUAUAUAAUAAUAUUGUUUCCCAGCUUUUUGUUAUCAAAUUGGUAUGCAAGAUGUACAUAAAGCUUGAGUCGUGAUGUACAUGUGUAAGAUCGGUGGCCCACAUGUAAACGAACCGGCGUGGAAUACGUACCAGCAUCUGGCUAACGUUUACCGGAAGAAACGUAAUUUGAUAUGGACAUGCGGUGUUUUCAAUGCUCUAUCGCCUCACACGAUUGUCUGGAAUGAAUCGACGCUAACUGUGGACGGUGGCAUCAUAUUACGCUCUAGUUAAAGCAAAACGGUAGCUCUUUACUCUGGAAAGAGUAAAACGCAUUCGUUAUCCGAUUUGACCAUUGGAGAAAACAUUGGGGUACAUGCUUUGGCGAUGGAGCUACGUUUUGGAGCCUUGUUUUGUUUCAUUGUGUUCUUCCACUCGAAUACACGCAUAAGGGAGGCAGCGGCUUCACAAUUCCAGGAACCGGAUCUGCCUUUUCCGCAGUUUCAGUGUUUUUUCACUUCAUGGAGCCGAUACCGCGACGCCUGGGCGUUUUUACCAUCAAACGUGGACCCCUUCCUGUGCACCACCAUCGUUUAUGCCUUUGUACAAAUUCUCGAUGACCGCAUAGCGUAUUAUGAUUGGAAGGACGAAGAAAAUUUGCUCGAUCUGGUAGAACUGAAAAAAAUCAAUCCGAAACUACGAAUUCAUUUGAGCGUGGGAGGAUGGACCUUGAGCUAUCAGUUCAAACCGAUGGCCAGAAGCCCGGAAAGCCGGCAGACCUUUAUUAAUUCCAGUAUUGCCAUGAUGCGUGCCCUGGAUUUGGACGGGAUCGAUGUUGACUGGGAAUAUCCUGAAGCGGAAGACCUGCAGGUUUAUAUGGCCUUGCUGCAGGAGAUGCGGGCAGCAUUUAAUCAGGACGCGGUGAAAACUGGAAAGCGUCGACUAGCGCUGACAGUGGAUGUUGGUGCGUUAAUGCACGGUGGUUACGAUGUUCCCGCAAUGAACAGCAUUGUUGACUUGGUGAAUAUCAUGGCCUACGACUACCACGGAUCCUGGGAGCAACAGACCGGUCACAAUGCACCCAUGUAUAAGAGAUCCACCGAAGUAGAUUACCAAGCGAAAUUAAAUGUGGAAUAUUCAGCCAAUUUAUGGAAAGAUGCCGGCAUAUCGAAAUCCAAACUCGCCAUCGGAAUACCCACAUACGGACGCUCGUGGAUUUUAGCCAACACCUCCAACCACGGCUUCAACGCUCCGACCCGCGGUCCCGGCCCCAAAGGCCCAUUCACCAAGGAGCUCGGUAGUCUGUCGUAUUUCGAAAUAUGCGGACGACUGAAAGACAAAAGCCUCACCAUCCAGACCAACAAAGAAUGCCGCUGCUCCUACGCGUACGGCACCGAUGACCUGUGGGUUAGUUUCGACAAUGUGGGCAGUGUGACGGAGAAGGCCAACUGGCUUAAGCGCAACGGCUACAAUGGGGUAUUGGUGUGGGAACUGGGACUGGAUGACUGGAAGGGCGAGUGCGGUGGGAGGCCGAUGACGUUGUUCACGACGAUCUACGAAAUAUUUUACGGACGACUGCCGCCUCCACGACCGCCUACCACUACGGCCAAACCGGGCACCUAUGUCCCACCGACCACGCCCCGACCGACGCGCAUCCCGGUGGCCGUUAUUUCCAAAACGAAAUGUGAUGAUGCGUUCUGUUCCUACCGACCAGCCGGUGACUAUCCGACUGGUCCGUGCAACGAAGCCUACUGCACGUGUGUGGGCGGAAUCUCGUAUUCCCGCUCCUGUCCGCCCAGUGUAUUUUACGAUCCGGUAAACAAAGUGUGCAGUUGGCCGUCCAUGAUCCCGGGAUGCGCCGCUGUUGAUGAGCAUAAAGCGGAAUUAACCAAACAGGAACUGAAAACCUGUAUGGACACCGGCAAUUGUAACUGUGAUGCUGUAUUCUGUUCGCGCCACGGACUGGGGGAUUUCGCACUGGGCCCGUGUCAGGAGAGUUUCUGCGCCUGCGCAGCGGGAGGGGUGCCCUAUACGAAGCACUGUCCCGAUCCCCUGGUGUUCGAUCCGAGGCUGUCGGUUUGCAACUGGAAGGCGAGCACAUCCACCUGCUGAGCGGGUAGACUUGGACAAAAUUAAUGUGAUGCGUCAGGCUUGAUGACCAGUCGUUGGUUGUUGCGGAUUUGCGGCAACAGAGUGUUUCCGUCAGUAUUAUGUUGUUAUUUGUUUUCUGAAAAUUCUUCCCUGUUUAAAAGCUGUGCAAUGUGCAGUAUGCGUACAAAUUAUUUCUGGAAGACAAUGAUCAUGCAUUAUUCAUGCUUACCAUGG